ACAUUUCUAAAUAUAUCCGUGCAUUUUAACCAGGAAGAUAUCACUUUAUUUUUCUUAUAGUCCAAAGUAGCUUUGCAGAAGUUUUUCAUUUACAUAGGAGGAUGGCAUCUAAGGGGUUGAUAUGUGACCCAUGUUCUAGACUGCAUAAAUCCACGGACGCCUUAAAGUUUUGCACAGAUUGUGACGAUGCACUUUGUUCAGACUGCUCUACAGCUCACAGUGCUCUAAAGAUUACUAUUUCGCAUAACGUUGUUGAUGCGUCUGCAUUAACUUGUCGUACAUUCAAUUUGAAAAAAAAUUGCACCGAUCAUCAAGAUAUGCCUUUAGAGUUUUUCUGUUCAGAUCAUGAUUGCUUACUAUGCCGAUCAUGUAUGGCUGAUACUCAUCGUACUUGUUCAAAGAUUCUACCAAUAGAUGUCGCGGCUAAAGGGAUAAAGUCUUCAGUCAUGUUUGAUGAUAUUAGUAAAGAUAUUGCAGCUAUACGGAAGUCGGCAAAGGAAUUAGUAGAGGAUAGGCAGAAAAACAAGAACCGAGUCGGACAGUCCAAAGAAUUGUCACAACAAAAGAUUACAAAAAUCAGACACGAUAUUAAUAAGCAUCUCGACAAAUUGGAAAAGAAACUUUCUUCUGAUAUGGAUGCUAUGGAAAGAGAACUUGAUGAGAAAGCGUCCGCGGGUCUGUCUAAAGCGAAAACAACAGAAACAAGUAUUGAAGAUAUAUGGGAACAUAUCAACUUUCUUACCAAACAUGGUUCAGAAAGUCAGAUGCUUAUCCUACUGAAUGAAGUUAGGUCGGAAAUGACCAAACAAUCCUCAAAUCUUCAAGAGCUCAUUUUGACCCAAGAAAUGAAUGGCUUAGAUAUUGAACAGGUAGAUUUUAUAUCUUCCGCAAAUUCUUUUGGAUCUGUUAAGCGUGUGUCUUCGCCGUGUUCCGUGUCAUAUCACCCUCCUAAACAUAUACAAGCACAAAUACAACUAACGCAUGAAAAAGUACCAACUAAGUUCGAGUUUGACAAGAAAAUCAAAAUACCUUCGGGUAGAAUCUCAUGUGUAGCUGUUAAUGACGACAAUAGAGUACUUCUGUGUAAUGACAUGCAUAGUAACUUUAAUAAUAAUGUAAUAUCAUGCACGGAGACAGGUGACCAGAUUCAAGCGUGCACUAUUUUCCAUAGAGUAUUCGGUAUAGCUAUUGUACCACAUACUGAAGAAGCAGUGAUUAGUUUGGCUAAUGCCAAGAUUAUUCAAUUUGUCAAUAUAUCAAGCAUGAUACCUGGUAGACAACUUCAAGUUACUGUGAAGGAUAUCUACAUAAAUGGUAUAGCAGUAGUUCGUGAUACAAUAAUUGUCGGUGGGGGCUCUGGAAAUGUGUACUUUAUUGAAAAAAUAAACGGGAAAUGUCUGAAAACUGUUAACAUAGGUACAGGUACUAUAACUUCAUUUGUGUCAUUAUUAGGUGGAAUAAAUGGUGUUUUAUACUGCUGUGAAAAUUGGGGUAAAAUGCAGGUUCAUUGUAUGAAACUGGAUGGAACAUUUAUUUCAAGUUUUGAUGUAAAAAAUCCAACGGGCGUGACAUUAGAUUCGAAAGGAAAUUUGUAUGUCGCAUGCUAUGGAUCUAAUGAAUUAUGUCGCUUGUCAUCAGACUAUGAAGUACAUGAUAUCUUGUUAAAGGAAUCAGAUGGAAUUGACCAACCAAUGGAUGUUGCUUUCAACAAGACAUAUAGUAAGCUGUACAUUUCAAACAGUGGGUUUGAUAAAAGUCUUUUGAUUUUCAAUUGCAAAUGAAACAAACAUACUGAACAAUAAA